CGGCUUUCACUGACUGUGACACGGGAACGUCCUUCCCUGACGCCUUGGAUGCUCACGGACAGUAAAACUGCAGUCAGCCAGCGGACCAGUGUGAAGCUCAGGAGUGGAUGACUACAGACGGUCCAUCAGCGAGCCCUGAGCUGGCUGAUCUCAGAGCAGAGAGGAAACCUUAUUUUGGGUGAAUGUGAGGGAGCUUUGGAGAGGUGUUGCCUGAAGGCGUUUCGAUUUCUGAGAUGUCAUUCAAACAAGCAGACGGGAUGUCCAUCGCCCAGGCUUUGGCCAUGACUGUAGCGGAGAUACCAGUCUUUCUCUACUCCACAUUUGGGCAGUCCAUAUUUUCCCAGCUAAAGCUUACACCGAGCUUGAAGAAGGUGCUGUUCGCCACAGCGCUGGGCAGUGUAGCUCUGGCUCUCACUGCUCACCAGCUGAAAAGACGAGGGAGAAAGAGAAAGCAGGUAACACAAGGAAAGGAAGGUCAGAAAACAGUGGGGAUACCUGAGGCGCUGCUGAAGACAGGAAGGCCUUCGUCAUUAAAGAGAGGUCAGUUUACUGGUCGACAGAUGAUGAGCCCCAGCACUCGGAGCAAUGACACCAUGAGUGGAAUUUCUUCCUUGGCUCCCAGUAAACACUCCAGUUCCUCCCACAGCCUGACAUCUAUGCGAGUCCCCAGCUCCCCAAAUCAAUCUGCAAAUCCGUCCACCCCCUGGGAGGCAGAGCCUGUGGUGGAAGAGUCAGGGGCCAUGGAGGACGCUAAUGCAGAGAAUCUCUAUAUAAUGGGAAUGGAGCUGUUUGAGGAAGCUCUGCGAAAGUGGGAACAGGCCUUGAACAUACGCCAUCCCACCAACUCGACCUCCAGCAGCAACAACAGCCUCGCUCUGCAGGGGGCAACGUGUGGAGACUUUCCCAUGGUUGAAGCUCGUAAUAAAGUGUUUGCUGAGAAGUUAGAGACGCUGCUGCACAGGGCGUACCAUCUACAGGAGGAUUUUGGCAGCAGUAUUCCAACAGAAAGUGUGCUGGCAGACUUUGAGAGUGAAGGGACUCUGAUCUUGCCACAAGUGGAGAGUUUCCACAGACUGCAAGACGAUGAUGCAACUACCGUUACCUCUGAUGACUCCUUCUUCUCGGCUGCAGAGCUGUUUGAUGCCAUGUCUCUAGAGGAAGUCUAUCGGCCACUGAAGCCGGCAGCCCUCUAUGAAGAAGCCUCGUCUCUGGUCCAGGAGGGCAAAGUGGCCUUUAGGUCCCUGAGGACUGAAUUACUUGAAUGUUACGGUGACCAAGACUUCCUUGCCAAGCUUCACUGUGUGAGACAAGCAUUCCAGGUCCUGUUGUUAGAUGAAACUCACCGCACGUUUUUCAUGGAGACCGGGAAGCAAAUGAUCGCAGGGUUAAUGGUGAAAGCAAACAAGAGUCCCAAAGCAUUCCUGGAGAGCUACGAGGACAUGCUGCUUUACACCCAGAGAGAGGAGACGUGGCCCGUCACCAAGAUGGAGCUGGAAGGCCGAGGG